ACGACGCCGCCACCGUCAGCUCUGAGAGGCAGCUCACUGUCACAGUGCCUCCUCAGUUUGUUGUCCAGCCCAAUAACCAGGAUGGGAUCUACGGCAAGGCGGGGGUCCUCAACUGCUCCGUGGACGGAUACCCGCCUCCCAAAGUCAUGUGGAAGCACGCCAAAGGUAUAGGGAACCCCCAGCAGUACCACCCAGUGCCUCUGACCGGUCGGAUCCAGAUCAUGGGGAACGGCUCCCUGCUGAUUCGUCACGUCCUGGAGGACGACCGGGGCUACUACCUCUGUCAGGCCUCCAACGGCGUGGGCUCCGACAUCAGCAAGAGCAUGGUCCUGACGGUCAAGAUCCCAGCAAUGAUCACGUCGCACCCAACACCACCAUGGCCAUUAAGGGCCAGAUUAAGGAGCUGAACUGCACAGCGAGGGGGGAAUGGCCUAUCAUCAUCCGUUGGGAGCGUGGUGACACGGUCAUCGACCCCGACCGUAACCCUCGCUACGC